CACCAUUUAUCACGCUCUGUGUCUCUCGACACACCAAAGAAACAGCGGCGAACAGUUUUCUUCUCCACCUCACCCUGGUCCUGGAUUCCCGAGAAAAUUCCCCGAGAAAAUAGAGAGGAAUUCGAUUCCUCUUCUUCGGAGACUCUUCCAUUUGAUCGUGUUCGCUCCUCGCUGCCGCCGUGUUUGGUUUGGUUUGGUUUCGCUCUUCAGUUACAGAACUCAUAUCAACCGGAAGACGAAACGAGGCGUCGGACGUUCCGCGGCCAGCUUCUAGCGCCGUUCUCCUUCAGAUCCUCGGAGACUUGGAGUUACAAAUCGCCGCAUUUGCAGACUCCUAGUCGUAUCCCAGGGUUUCUAGACAUUCAAUAGGGAUUACUGUUACCAUAUGGCUGUCUUCUUCCUCUUCCUCAAAGCACUUCGAACUGGGAUAUGAUUAGCAUUGUCAGACACACUACUUUCGCUUGCCAGUUUUCACCUUCUGUAUCGAGCGAGACUGUGACUUAAAAUGCCUCCACGCAGUGUAAACACUAGAAAAGCAAAUGAAAAAAUGAGGAUUGUUAUAAUGACUCUUGCUGGUGUAAUUUUUGGCUUCUUUUUGGGAGCAUCUUUUCCAGCGCUGUCAUUAACUAAGAUGAAUUUACCAUCCAGCAUUUUACCCUCCAUUGAUCUUGCGUACCUUGAGGACAAGUAUUCAGAUCUGUCAACCCAAGCACUACUGAACGUAUGGUCUUCUCUGAAGCUGAACAAAGCCAACAAAAACCGAAGUCACAAAAACAACAACACAAAGAUUUGGGUACCAACAAAUCCUCGAGGUGCAGAGAGGCUUGCACCUGGUUUUGUUGAAUCUGAGUCAGAUCUCUAUCUCCGCAGAUUGUGGGGUUUGCCAAGCGAGGACUUGCUGGUGAAACCAAAGUAUCUUAUGACCUUUACCGUUGGAUAUGAACUGAAAAAGAAUAUAGAUGCAGCAGUAAAAAAGUUGUCAGAGAACUUUACUAUUUUACUUUUUCAUUAUGACGGUCGGACAAGUGAAUGGGAAGAAUUUGAGUGGUCAAAGCAGGCCAUCCACGUUAGUGUUCGGAAGCAAACUAAAUGGUGGUACGCAAAACGUUUUCUACAUCCUGACAUUGUGGCACCUUAUGACUAUAUAUUUAUCUGGGAUGAGGACCUUGGGACGGAGAAUUUUGAUGCAGAGGAAUACCUUAAACUGGUGAGGAAGCAUGGAUUGGAUAUUUCUCAGCCCGGCCUCGAACCAAAUAGUGGUUUUACAUGGCAGAUGACCAGAAAGAAGGAUGGCCGUGAAGUUCACAAAGAAACUGAGGAAAGACCUGGCUGGUGCAGUGAUCCACAUCUGCCGCCAUGUGCAGCAUUUGUUGAGAUCAUGGCACCUGUGUUUUCUCGAGAUGCAUGGCGUUGUGUUUGGCAUAUGAUUCAGAAUGACUUGGUUCAUGGAUGGGGCCUUGACUUUGCUCUUCGAACAUGUGUAGAGCCUGCUCAUGAGAGGAUUGGAGUUGUAGACACUCAAUGGGUUCUUCAUCAGACGGUUCCUUCACUCGGGAACCAGGGUCAAGCUGAGAAUGGAAAAGCACCAUGGGAAGGGGUAAGGGAGAGGUGUAGAAGAGAAUGGACAAUGUUUCAGGACAGGAUGAAUGUCGCAGAGAGGGUCUAUUUCGAGGCGAUGGGAAUCGAUCCGCCCAAUACCACCGUCUCCUCUUAGGCCUCUGCCCAAACGGACAGUCCGAACAACUAAUUUGCUGCUCUGAUCUCUGCCAGGGCCCUAGUUCUGUUCCCUCCUUAUUUGGCUGCUUGCUUUAGAGUGGCAGCUUUGAAAAGUAGAUAUGAGACCAAUUCUGAGUUAGUAGUAGAUAAGAAACUUUUUCAUAUUCUUUUUUGCAAA